GUCAGCAGAUCAGGAAGCUGAUUAAGGAUGGGCUGAUCAUCCGCAAGCCUGUGACCAUUCACUCCCGUGCCCGGUGCAGGAAGAACACCUUGGCCCGCCGCAAGGGCAGGCACAUGGGCAUCGGUAAGAGAAAGGGGACGGCCAACGCUCGUAUGCCCGAGAAGGUGACCUGGAUGAGGAGGAUGAGAAUCCUGAGGCGCCUGCUCCGCAGAUACAGGGAGUCCAAGAAGAUUGACCGCCACAUGUACCACAGCCUGUACCUGAAGGUCAAGGGCAACGUGUUCAAGAACAAGAGGAUCCUGAUGGAGCACAUCCACAAGCUCAAGGCCGACAAAGCUCGCAAGAAGCUCCUGGCGUAACAUUCCCCCCUCUGUCUCCCUGCACGCAGGUCCAAGACCAAGGAGGCUCGGAAGCGCCGCGAGGAGCGUCUGCAGGCCAAGAAGGAGGAGAUCAUCAAAACCCUCUCCAAGGAGGAGGAGACCAAGAAGUGAACACUGGCCAGCUUGUGUACAUAGUGUUUGCCAUCCAGGAGCGUUCA